AUGGCAAAACGUAGAAAAAGUUCUAGUUCUAUUACUUAUAAACCCAAAAGUUCCACCAAAGAAUAUAAUUUAGUCUUCCAAAAGUCUAUCAAUAAACGUAACUACGACUUCAGCUUUGAAAAAUCUAACGAUAAUAGUGAUAUACAAACAGGAGUGGAUGAAAAAAUCUUGGCAUCAAUUUUAGCUCGCGUUACUGCUUUGGAAAAUGAAAACAAGGCAUUAAAAGCUAAAACAAAAAAGGAAGUAUUAGUUUCGAGAAGUGAAAUAGAGACUAUAAAAAUGUUGAAGUCUAAUUAUAAUAAAAGAAAAGGAAAGAUACAUCAAGACUCUAGCUUAGAACGGUCAAGUUCUGAACAGGAGUCAGAUGAUGCGAGGGAUUGUGAGUCUAAUACUAUUGAUAAAGAUCAUGAUAAUUCAUCUGUUGCUCUGCCGAUCCUAAACUGUCUGGAAAAUCAAGCAAAUUUACUUAUCGAACACUAUACUCCUGUUGGAAUUCAAUAUAAAAACCUUGAUAAAAAUAUUAGAGCUGGAAUUAUCCGCAAGUUCAAGAAAGCUAAUCCUCACUUUUCUAAUUGUAUCAGAGAAAAUGCUCGUCGUUGGGAUAAGAAAAGUCCAGUUAAUGGUGAGAAGCGCGAAAGGAUGAAUCAAUCAACCGUCAAAGGUGAAAAGUACGGAAGGACAAAUCAACUAAUUGUCAAUGAUGAGAAGUGUGGGAGGUCGAAUCAACUGAUUAUCAAUGAUGAGAAGUGUGGGAGGUCGAAUCAACUGAUUGUCAAUGAUGAGAAGCGUGAAAGGAAGUGUGCUCAAAAAAAGAUAACUUUUACUAACCAUUAUUCUGAAAGUUAUAAAGAUUCUUAUGAUAAUGUUGAUGAUGAGCUUGAUAAAAUAUCGAAAGAUCAUACACAUUACUCAUUAUCUAAUCCUAUACCAAUUUAUUAUCAUAACAAACUCAGAAAGUCAGAGUCUGAAGAUCAUAAUCUAUCACUACCUGAUUCGGAUGACAAAGAAUCAAAGCCUCUUAAGAAAAUUUGUAUUUCUGAUUUUGAUAAGUUAACAUCACAAAGGACAACUGGAUCAUGCAAAGCCAAAUCAUCGAAAAGAUCAUUGAAACAAACUCUUGUGUCAG